AAAGCCAGACUUCUACUGGCAGUUUCUGGGAGAGAGCAGCUUUCCAUCCAACGCAGGGCUUUACCUUUCCUCUGGGAAAUGUUUAUAAUAGAAAAGGCUCAAUUAGGAUAUCUGUCCGCCUCUCCUGUACCUCUGAUGUUUGGUGGGGUUGACAACGGGCAAGGAUAAAAUGAGCUGGUCAUCUCAGAAUCAUGGAAAACCUGGACCCAAGGCUCAGGAAUGCCCCGUAUUUCCGUUGUGAGAAGGGAGACAGUUCUGUCCCUGUGUGUCAAAAAUGCGAAACAUGUGUCUUGGCUUGGAAUAUCUUCUCGACCAAACAGUGGUUCCGGAGGAUAGGAGAGGUGCCCCGGAGAAAGUUUCUGGUGAGCAUCCUGGAGCAGCUGGGUAGCCUCUACUUGCUGCAGUAUUUUCAGAAUAUCCUUCAGACCACGCAGGGGAAGGAUUUCAUCUACAGCCGGUCCCGGAUCAACCUCAGCAGGAAGGAGGGGAAGAUCGUCAGGUCUUCCUUGAACCAGAUGUUGGAUAAAACUGUGGAGCAGAAGAUGCGGGAGAUCUUGUCCUGGUUUGCGAGAAGCACCCACCGGACCAAGGCGAAUUACACGCUCUUUCUCCUGCAGAUGUGUGACCCCAAGCUGCUGCUGACCGCUGCCAAUGUCAUCAGGGUCCUGUCUCUGAGACAGUGGAACAACCUCGCGGACUACAACGUGCCGUAUGAGACCUCGGAUGUUUUCUGGGCAGCCAGCACCAAGACUGCAUCCUUCCCUUUGUCCAGAGCUUCGGGAAAAGAAAAUUCGCUUGAAAGCAGGAGGGGCGAAGCAUCUAAUACUGAUGGACAAUGGAAGAGUUCCAUCCAGUGCAUUUUUGAGAUGAAUAGCCUGUUUUCUGGAAAAGCAGGCCUGUCGAAGGCCAAAUACACACCCUCCAAUCUGUUGGUUGACUUGGAUGUCGUCAAAGACCUGUCCUCCGGGGUCAGCAAAUACCGGGACUUCAUCCGUUCCCUGCCCGUUCACCUCUCCAAAUAUAUUCUAAGUAUGCUGGGCUGUACAGGGGAAUUUCUCCAAACACCGCGCAUCACAGGCUGGUUGGGAGGUUCCCAGGUCCAUGUUUUUUUUUUUUUUUCAGGUAUGCUGGAUAAAAACAGCCUGAACAGGUGUGCCUCCGUGAGCCAGCACUGGGCCAUGCUGGUCCAGCAGGUCAAGAUGGAAUUGUCGAUGCAUCCUUUCAUUCAGAGCCAUAUCACCUUCUUGCAGGGAUCCUACACAAAGGGAAUCGAUCCUAACUAUGCCAACAAGCUUUUUAUCCCAGUUCCUAAAAUAACCGAUAACGGGAAGUGCAUACGUGUGAAAAAUCAGAAAUUGAAACUCAGAACAAAGAAUGACUACAACCUGUGGGCCGCAUACCAGAACCAGGAAACUCAGCAGGUCCUAAUGGAGGAGAGAAAUAUCUUCUGUGGGACUUAUAAUAUCCGUAUCCUCUCAGACACGUGGGACCGAAACAGAGUCAUUCACUAUUCUGGGGGAGAUCUGGUUGCAGUGUCAUCCAACCGGAAGAUCCAGCUUCUAGAUGUCAUACAAGUAAAGGAAUUACCAACUGAGUUCCGAGGCCAUGCUGGGAGUGUCCGUGCCCUCUUCUUGUGUGAGGAGGAGAACUUUUUGCUGAGUGGGAGUUAUGACCUGAGUAUCAGAUCCUGGGAUCUGAAAAGUGGGGCUUGUAUACGAAUCUUCAAUGGCCACCAGGGGACAGUCACUUGCAUGGAUUUAUAUAAGAACAGGCUUGUAUCUGGAGCAAGAGAUUGCCAGGUGAAAGAGUGGGAUAUAGAGACAGGGAAGUGUCUGAAGACAUUUAAACACAAAGACCCCAUCUUGGCCACCAAGAUCAAUGACACCUACAUCGUGAGCAGCUGUGAGCGAGGGUUAGUCAAAGUGUGGCACGUUGUCUCGGCCCAGUUGGUAAAGACUCUCAGUGGCCACGAGGGAGCCGUGAAGUGUCUCUGCUGUGACCAGUGGCAUCUCCUCUCGGGAAGUACUGAUGGCCUGGUUAUGGCCUGGAGCAUGGUGGGAAAGUACGAGCGGUGCCUCAUGGCCUACAAGCAUCCAAAGGAGGUGCUCCACGUGGCCCUUCUCUUCCUCCGGGUCAUCAGUGCCUGUGCCGAUGGCAAGAUCCGCAUUUACAAUUUCCUAAAUGGGAACUGUCUGAAGGUGAUGAAAGUCAACGGCAGAGGUGAUCCUGUGCUGUCCUUCUUUAUUCAGGGCAACAGGAUGGUGAUCAACACUGAGAGCAAUAUUCUCAUGUUCCAGUUUGAGAAUAUAAAGUGGCAGUACUCCAUGGACCAGGCCAAACAAAAGAAGAAAGAUAAAGAUGAGGACAGGGAAGAAAAUGACCUGACAGAAGUCGCCUCCAGGUCUAGCACUCAGGUUUUCAGCCCCAGGGACUCGAUGUCCAGUAAACAAACUGUGGGCCAGGAGUCCCUGUUAAGUAAACCAUACAGGUCCCGAGUUUUCCUGAAGGACACCCGGGCACCUACAGAAGUCUUAUCAGAGGGACCUAAAAGUCAAAGAAAGUCAAAAUCACCCCAGAGGGAUGGCAAGAAGAGAGUGAGUGCUCUUUCUAAGGAAGUACGCGGCAUUGAUGGUGGGCAAGAGAGUUUGGAAGCAAAAUCCCUCGCAGGAGAUACAACGAACGAGGACGAGGAGAAAGUUCUACCUGAAGACUUGAUCAGGCGCUCAAAGAAAAAGCGCUGGCAAAUCCCCAUGUCGCCCGACCAGUUCCUUCUCACGGUGAAUGCCCUGCAGCAGGCCCAUAAGUCAGGGGAGUUUGCCUAUCCCCAGAGGCCCCAAACCCAAGUCAUUGAUGCCUGGGGACCUUCAAUUUCACACCCAAGGAAGGUCCUGAAUUUCAAAGGAAUAUCAGUCCAACAGGCAGUUAAUAGGUUGCGACAUAGCAACCCACCCAUCGACGUGAAGCAAACCAGUAUUCCCCUGGAGAUCCAGAAACUGCAGCCCAACCUGAAGAACUCUUUGCACAGUCCCCAAGUCCAGUCCACCAUACCCCAACCUGUGAUCAUCUAUCCCAGAUUCGCUGGUGGCCUUAAGGGAGAAGACCAAGCGACCGGCCCCAUCGGCGGGACAGUGCGUAGCUGUAGCCCUUUAACCAGCCUGCAGGUCAUUAAACCGAACCGCAUGCUGGCUCCCCCCGUGGGCAUGAGAACCAAGUCCAUCAAGAAAGAUCGACCUCGCUUCUACACGACCCUUGAUCCCUUUAGAAUGAACACCGAGUUCAUGUUGUUGACUGUAAAGGAGGAGAAGGAGUACAGGGAGGCCAAAAUGAAGGAGUUCCAGGCCAGAAAGCCCAGAGACGUGGUCAGUCCAGAAAAAGCCAGCAGAGCUGCCUGGAUCAGGAAGAUCAAGGCCUGCCAAUCGAUCAUUUCAUGAAGCAAGGGAAGACAGCAGCCCCUGAACUUGGACAAAACGUAUUUAUCUGAACCAGCUUUGGGAAAUGAACAUCUUACAAUAAACAGAGAACCCAAGUGGA